AUGUAGAGAUAGUUAAGAAACAAAUAAAUAGGUAUAGUCACAAAAGUUGCUAUAGCUGUGCAUACUAUCUUAUUAUUUUUAGUAGUUGUGUCAGUAUGUUUAAAAUUGAGUCAAGAAUUCUUAAUUUCAAUUUUAUUAGCAUAAGCAACUUGGUAAUAGCUUGUAAUAGAGACUCUUCAUUUAAGAUUAAAUAGAUUUAAUUAUUUAGAAGAAUAAGAAUAAAUUAGAAAGAGAUUUGGACUUUCAACCUAAAAAAGUAAACAAUCUUCUUUAUGGUAAUAUUUUCAAUAUUCUUUAGGUAUUAUAGAAGAAAGCUAAUAUUACCAAUAAUUGUUUUGACUCUUUUUUACUUUACAAAUUAAUCAUAUGAGGAUUUAUAAUAUUGUUUCAUUUCUGUGCAUGGACUUCUAUAAAUUUACUAAGGUUCUACUAUUCUUGUUGUUGGAAUUAAAUAACAUAUCGAAUAGAAUGAUGAUUAUUAUACUGAUUUAGAAAGUGAGGGAUUAAUAAUGAAAAGCAAUAUGAUGUUGAGAAAAUCAGAAGUAAGAGCAUAAAAAUGGAAGAAAUUUGCAAAUCUAUCAAAGAAGUUAUACAUCAAAACAGUCACAAUAUAUUUCUUUUUAAGCGUGUUUUAUGAAUUCUAUGCUAUCUUUCUUAAUUUACCACCUUUCGAUUUACUCUCAUUUAUUUGUAAUUAUUAUCAAAUCCAAGUAUCAAUUUAUGCAUUAAUAAUUUGUUAAUUGCAUAUUCUUUUCGUGAUACUAUAUAUUGGUAAUGCAAUCAUUCAAAAGAAAGUGAAUAGAGUUAAAAGACUAUAUGAGCAUGUAACAAAGGAAUAGGAAAAGCUUUAAGUUGAAGGUGGAAAAUACUUAAGUGUAAUGAUCUAUUUAUCCCUUACUAUUAUUAUAUUUUUAUAUUAUAAUAGUAUGUAAGGAACCAUUGUAAAUAAAUUAGUGGAUAUGAAAGUAAAUUAAUUCAGUUUGAUUGCAAUUUUAAUCAACGCAAUUAGAAAUUAUAUUGA